GUUGUCGUCCCUUAAAGACUAUUAACCCAUCGAAUAUGUUUACCAGAUCUUGUACUCUCCAUCAUUCUUCUUUAUCAAUAUUCCGUCAAUAUAUAGCCAAGCUUGCAAGUUGGAAUGGGCGACGCCACAGCGAAGGAUCCCUUAAUCCCAUUGCUAUACUUCGUCCAAGGGGUUCUGCGGACAAUCCAUGAAAUCCCAAGCGACAAGACAUCCGAAGCCCUGACACGAAAGAGCUUCAGCCCCGAGGCUACCAUCGAAAUAAACCAAGCCUCAAUGGACCGUACAGGCUUCGGAGAAUUUAUGCAAGACUAUCGUAACAAAUAUAUAUUCGUCGACUUUGCGUUCCACGACGCAGUCACCGUCCCUACCGAUGACGAAGGACGUAGUGGUACCGUCGGCGUUGGGAUCAAGGCGCGCGCUGUGGGGAAGGUAGAUGGGGUGUUGUAUGAAGCUAGAUUACAUGAGAUCUUCCAGGUGGAAUGGAUUCCUAGUCGAGGAGAUAGUGGUGGACAUCGUCUUAUUACGAAGCUCACGGGGGCGUUGAAAGAUUUGUAUCCUGUUCAAGAUGAUUCCUUAUGUAAAUCUAUGCUUUGAAUACAAAGGGGCUGUCUGAGGGGUAUUUUGGUGGAAGUGAU